AUGACAUCUAUCGUAGUUGGAGGACUCUUUAAUGCUGUGGCCUUUGCCGGGGCCGGCUUCCUAUUUGCCAAGUUGGAUGGACAGGGAUACAAGGAAGAGGUAAAAAGACAUAACCCGGCCCUGGAGAAGCUUGCAAAAGCCAAGGAGAAGUUUUACGAGUCCGAAGUGAAGCGUACGAACGACGAGGCAAGACGGAGGGCCGAAAUUCUGGAUGCUAACAAGGAUAUCGCGGAAACAAACAGGGCACUGGAAGACCUGAGGAACUAUACGAGGCUUAUGGAUAAUACGGCAUCUCAACGCAGACCGAAAUUGGAGGACUACUAUCAACCAUCGGACGAGAUGAAAAAAUACGCAGUGUUGACAGUGGGUAUACUGGGUGUUGGGGGAGCCUAUGGAUUAACACGAAUAUUUUAA